UACAUGACUUAGUAACAAAGCCAGGGGGAGCCAAAAAGCAUGAAACACCACCACUUCGUACUCGUGCACGGCGCGUGCCACGGCGCGUGGAGCUGGUACAAGCUCAAGCACCGGCUUGAGUCGGCCGGCCACCGCGUCACAGCCCUAGACCUCGCAGCCUCUGGCACCAACACGAAGUCCAUACACAACGUCCAGACGUUCUGCGAGUACACCGAGCCGCUGCUGGAGCUCCUGGCCUCGCUUGGGGCGCAAGAGAGGGUGAUCCUCGUCGGCCACAGCUUGGGCGGCUUGAACUUGGCCCUCGCCGCCGACAGGUUCCCGAAGAAGAUAUCGGUCACUGUAUUCUUGGCGGCUUUCAUGCCAGACACCGCGCAUCGACCGUCGUACGUGAUGGAAGAGUAUUGUGCAAGGGCUCCGGAGGGAGCAUGGCUAGACACCCAAUUCGCGCCCAUCGGACAGCGUGACAAACCCUUAACAUCCAUGUUCUUCGGCCCCGACUUCUUGUCAUCCAAGCUCUACCAGUUGUCCCCUGUCGAGGAUCUGGAGCUCGGCAAGAUCUUGACGCGGCCGGGGUCAUUGUUCAUAGAAGACCUGAGCACGGCAAGCAACUUCACCCGAGAAGGCUACGGGUCGACGAUGCGGGUCUACGUCGUGUGCAGACAGGACCUGGGGAUACCCCUGGAGUUCCAACAGUGGAUGAUCACGAACGGCGGGGCCCACCACGUCCUGGAGUUGGACGGCGCCGAUCACAUGGCCAUGCUCUCGAAGCCGCAGGAGCUUUGCGAUUGUCUGCUGGAGAUCGGGGCCACAUACGCACCUGCCUAACAUUCGCUACGGCGUAGUAGGCGGCUUUGGCUCUGUUCGGCCGUUUAUGGUUUGGUUUUCUUCGGAUUGUCGUAUUUGGUUUGUGUUUGUCUUCCUGUUGUCUGGUCGAUUUCGAGCAUCUACUAUGUAGCUAGAAAGGCGUUGGAGAGCUAUUGUGUUGUUGCUCGUGUGUAAAUCCCGACGAGUUAUUUAAUUUCCUCAAUAAACACCAGUUUUAAAUCCCUGUGGUUUAGAUCAUGAAAAGGGCAUCG